GUACACUGUAUACACACUGCAGUCACAUGAAAGUAAGAUCAGAUUCCCUUUCCACAGGCUGAAGCUGUCACUAGCAGUGACUUUAGGAACUAGAGGGAGAAGAACCCUGGUGCAGAGCUCCACGUUCAUCCUGGUCCUACUUUGCAAGUGACAUCUACAGAAACAUCAGAUCUGCUGAUUUGUUGUAUCAGACCUCUGGAGAUUAAGAAGAUGGAGAUCGACUGCUGAUUUAGCAGUUUUACAACUCUUGCUUUAGGCAGCAUUUUGGACAAGAGGGACAUUAUUUGAAUGACAUAUCUAGGCUAGGUUUCUGACACUUUAGUGAUCAUGUGCCAUAAUAAGAGUGCCAAAGCCAUGUGCUAAGUGGGAUUCAGUGAUCCACAGGUAGAUAGAUUUUUCUAGGGUCUACAGGUCAAGGAAUGGCUGCUAAGUCGCAUUCUUUGUAAGCCAAAUCCGCUUUUAGGUGGAAAGGGGGUUUACAUACAUUACUUUUGGAGUACCCUCAAUUCAAGACAUGUCUCAGACAGAAGUGGAUUUAGCAGGAUGUGGUAUCUCAUUUCUGCUAGAAGAUCCUGCCGAACUGUCCGCUCUUGCUGCUUUGAGGAGAAGAAGACUUUCAGGAAAGGAGCCUAGAAGAAACUCUUACCAAUUUAACAGGAGAAGCUCUGCUCAGUUAGAACUAUUGGGUUAUGACCCACCUGGGACUUCUUUCUCCUCAUGGUCACCAGAGGAACCAUUGAGAUUGACAUUGGAAAAUAACGUGAACUCUACUCCUGACUUGGUCUCUACUGUAUCUCCCAAUCUCCCAUCACAAACCACCCAGCUAGAUGUUCUGCCAUCUUCUGGGACUUUGGACAGCAUUGUGGACAUCAGUUCUGAGUCUGAAGAUGAGGCCAACAGAACUGACAGAGCUUCAGUGCCUCCUCCUAAGCCCGCAGUGAUAGAAAAUAGACGUGAGCAAGAAGAGAUCGAUGAGAAUGAGACCAAAGCGGUGGCCACCUCGCCAGAUGGGAGAUACUUGAAAUUCAACAUUGAGAUUGGAAGAGGGUCUUUUAAAACGGUUUACAAGGGUCUGGAUACAGAAACAACAGUGGAAGUGGCAUGGUGUGAACUUCAGACCAGGAAGCUGACUAAAGCAGAGCGCCAGAGAUUUAGUGAAGAAGUGGAGAUGCUGAAAGGUCUACAACAUCCAAACAUUGUCCGUUUUUAUGACUCUUGGAAGUCCAUUGUGAAGGGGCAGAUAUGUAUAGUCCUAGUUACCGAGCUGAUGACUUCAGGGACACUGAAGACCUACUUGAAGAGAUUCAAGGAGAUGAAACUAAAGGUUUUACAAAGAUGGAGCCGUCAAAUUCUGAAAGGCCUGCACUUUCUCCACACCCGAAGUCCUCCUAUCAUUCAUCGUGACCUUAAAUGUGACAACAUCUUCAUCACGGGGCCCACGGGCUUCGUGAAAAUUGGAGAUCUGGGCCUUGCCACCUUAAAGAGUGCCUCUUUUGCAAAGAGUGUUAUAGGUACACCAGAAUUUAUGGCCCCUGAGAUGUAUGAAGAGAAGUAUGAUGAAGCAGUUGAUGUCUAUGCCUUUGGGAUGUGUAUGCUGGAGAUGGCCACCUCUGAAUAUCCCUAUUCUGAAUGUCAGAAUGCCGCUCAGAUAUACCGCAAGGUGACCUCGGGCAUGAAGCCAGACAGCUUUUAUAAAGUUAAAGUCCCCGAGCUUAAAGAGAUCAUCGAGGGCUGUAUACGCAUGAACAAGAAUGAAAGAUAUACCAUCCAGGACCUGCUGGAACACUCCUUCUUUCAGGAGGACACUGGAGUCCAUGUUGAACUGGCUGAGGAGGAUGAUGGAGUCAAACCAGCCUUGAAGCUUUGGCUUAGGAUGGAUGACACCAAAAAACUGCACGGCAAAUACAAAGACAACAAUGCUAUUGAGUUCUUGUUUGACCUCUACAAAGAUAUAGCUGAAGAGGUUGCUCAAGAGAUGGUGGUCCUCAACUUUGUUUGUGAAGCUGACUACAAAAUUGUUGCAAAGGCUAUCCGAGACCGGGUAUUAGCCAUAAAACGAAAGCGAGAGAAGGUGAGACGCGCUCAAGAAGAACUGAAGAAGAAAGAGGAGGAGAAGCAGCAAAGCAUUCUCAAGCUCCUUGAGCAACUGAGAGGACCUCAGAGCACUACCACCAUUACUACUGCUGAUGUGGCACCUGGGCCCUCAUCCCUCCCAACAACUUCAGACUCUGCUGAAUCAGUCAGCGUUGGGACAUUCCUACCUGAACCAGAGGAACCAGAAGCAGACCAGCAUCACCCUUUCAACUUCAGAAACUCUUGCAACUCUUCUGCUACAUCGGACUGUGAGACAGAUGGGUAUCUCAGCUCUUCUGGCUUCAUGGAGAAUAUGGACUGUUCCCAAAGACCUUCAAGUGGUGCCUCUCAAGAAGAUCCCAACAGCCCCCCAGGCACUCGGUCAGAGAUAUGUUUUCCUGGGAGCAUUGCUGUAAGUGUGAAUUCAGACCUAAUUUCUCCUCUUGCACUUCCCAGUGACAUCUCUUCUCCAGCAGAUAGCUACACAUCGGAUGUGGCCUCAGGGCUGAGUGAUGGCUGUGAAGGCCUCUCAGCUGGAGAGCGGAAUGCAAAGUCCCCUGUGAAGAAGACACCAGCUAAACUUUUGCGCCGUAAAGCAAGAUCUAGACUACGUAUAAUUAAUAUUUCGGAUAAAAGUGAUCGUGUUGUAGAGUGUCAGCUGCAGACCUACAACGGUAAAAUGGUCACUUUCAAGUUUGACCUAGAUGGCGAUAAUCCUGAGGACAUUGCAGCAGUUAUGGUAAAAAAUGAGUUUAUUAUGCAGUCGGAAAGAGAGAGCUUCACCAAUAGGAUUAAGGAUAUCAUCCACCGUGUGGAGACUCUGCUGAAAAAGGAGGCUAAUGGAGACAGAGAAGAUGACAGUGAUAGGCUUACUACUGGUCCAUGCACUUCUUCUCUGCCUAAUUUACAGGCUGAUCUUCAACUUCAAGAUUUAGCUCGUUCCUUCUCCUCUUCUUCGCUCAGUGAUUUAGCAUGUACAAGUCCCAGCAAAGGAAUUGGUUCCCCUGGAAAUUUCUACCAGAGCAGUCCUGUUCUAGACAAUGAUGUGUUUGAUACAGCUGGACCUCUUAUGGGCGCACCAGAUUUUAGAACAAAAUCUCUUCCUCCUGCUAUGACCAUAGGUUCUCCAUUGUCAGCCAGCAGAACCUGGCCUUCCGUUGAAACAACAUCCAAUCCAGCACCACCCUUCUCAACAAACUAUUCCAUGCCAUCUUCACACACUUUUCCACCUGCAACUUACAGCUCCAUGCAUAGUGGUAACUACUUCUCUACUUUACCCCAACACAUGAUGCCUUCAUCUUCAGCUGGACAAAUGAGCUCCCCAAAUUCCUUAUUUCCCAACAUGAUCAAUUCUUCUGUCAAUCAUGAAAAUGCUUUGCAGCACAUGCUGAACAGUGGUAUGGUGCCUCAGACUAUGACUAACGCUUUAGCAUCCAGUGUUUCACCAGCCACCCAAUGGUCUCCAACAGCACCUAUGUUUUCCUUGGCUAAUGUCUUAUCUUUGGCUAUGAGCAUGGCUCAAACCUUGCUACCAGUAGCAUCAACUGCUACAACCCAGCCUCAAGGGAUGCCUACUGCCUUUCCUCAACAAAUGUCUGCACACCUCCACACUCCUCUGAUGUAUCCUACAAGUUACUCUCAACCUCAAAGUCCAGUGAAAGAUUUCCGUGGUCAGUGCCCUUAUAUAUACCCUGGUUCUCCUCAUACCAGUGGGAUGUAUCAUCAGAAUAUGCCAGGCCAAACUUUUUCUAAUAUGGGUGGCAAUUUCUCACAGCCUUUUGCACCCCCAGAUUGUUUGCCACACAGUGGAAUGUUUCCUCAGCAAGGGCCAUCUACAAGCAUGUUGGGAUACCUUCAACAACCAACUCAUCAGCUGGAAGUGCCACCAUCUCCUGGAAUCGUCAAGGACUUACCUGAGCUCCAGCCAGGGUUAGGGGGCUUCAACGAUGUGUCUUCAUCCCCUACUGGAAAUCAGGUUUCAGAAGCUACUGGAUGUGUGGUGGGACAGACCAUGAACAAACCUGUACAACCAGUUUCACCCAUACCCCCACUGAAUAGUCAGUCAAGUGCCAUCUCUAAUGAGGCUCAACCAAAGGUUGUAGGGAGAUUUCAAGUAACGACUACGAAAGACCCUGCUGAGAAUGACAAAGCAUGGAACCUAAGCAGCAGUCCUGAGACAUCAGACACCACCCCUGAGCAGUAUGAGACAGCAUCCUCUGAUACAGACUUCAGCACAGAUGAAGAGACAGAAGGAAAUUUCUCAGAGCCUGAGAGACUUACUCCUAACGUUAACACAGCAGCAUGGGACAAGCCACUCAGUUGCUCAGAAUCUGACACCUGCAGCCAGGGUCAGGGCGAUUGCUGUGAUGACAGGGAAGACAUCACCCCAGUGAGUAAUGAUGUGGAGACCACAGAUGUCUGUGCUUGCGUCUUCAACAACAAUAUUAUAACCCAAGAUGGCUGCCCUGAUAACUCCAUCAAUGAAGGCCUUAACCAAAAUGGCAGCAUUAUGAAUGGAGAAAACUCUGUGGACAGUAGUAAAGCAAUAGAAUGUGUUGGGAAGGAUGUAGACACCAGGUCUUCUAGCGGGGACGAGAACAUGGAGAAGACACCUCAGCAGAUCUCCACAGUCCAGGUGUGGCUGCACUACACGAGAGGUAUCUCCAACCUCAGCAGUGAUGACACAGAGAGUGAAGAUGAGGAGAUAUUUGAGGAGCUUCAGCAACUUAGACAGAAACACAUGUCUGAAGUGCAGCUAUUACAAGCGCUGCAGAAGAAAGAGAUUGAAGAGCUGUAUUAUAGGAUGGGAAAAGUGCCUCCACCAGGAAUCGUCUCUCCAGCGGCCAUGCUCUCCAGCAGACAAAGGCGACUUUCUAAGAGUAGCUUCAACCCAUCGAGAAGAAAUAGCUUGCAAAGGUUGGAGCUUCUCCCAGCAACUGGAAUUAGGAAGAAUUCACUUGGAGGAAGCAGUACAGGGUCACAGGAUCAGCGUCCAAGCAAAGGAGUCAUAUUUACAGGGGAUGUAACAAGAAUGGUAACUACUGGAGGAAUUCACAGUGAUGCCUGUGAUCAGGAUGAUAAAGGCAAAGUAAAGUAAAUUCUUCAAAUCACCUGAACACUUGAAGAUGCAGCGAUAAAGACAGACUACCUCAGCAGACCUUUGUUGUGGUCUUCUGCUAUGUGAUGGCCUAAGUGGUUGAGACUUGUCCUGCAAGACAUCCACAUUGCUUUGGAGCAACGUGCAAAUAUGCUAAGGACUAAAUUGUGCAUUAUUGUAGAUGAAAGAAUCUGCACCUUGCCUCGAUGGAUAGCACCCAACAGAUGGGUAUCAUGGACUAUGGAUGCCUCAUGACUGCUUAAUGGGAUUUUCUAUUUGAGAAAUUAGAAUGAAGAUCUUAUAGUUCUGUGUUCAUGUUUCCAAAAGGACAUAGUAAGGUUCUUCACAAGAGUCACUGCCUUGUAAUGUGAGGACCUAUUGGAAACAGAGCUAGGACAUGUUGUUGGUUUUGGUUAGGUGUUCUCUAUGAGUUCCAUGACCGCGCACUUUGGACUUCUUCAGAGAUGAAAUCUGGGAAGUCACCUGCCAACACUUUUUGCCAUUUGGCUUUGUUUCGCUUGAAGCCACGAUUAACAAUGAAUGUGCAUUAUCUCUAACGCUAUAGCAAUACAACGUGAGAUUUAGAGAUCGUUGAAUGUGGAAAAUGUGAAUGAGACUUGUAGAUAAUACACUUUGAAGAUGAAUACGAGUUGUUUUAAACUGUGUUCCUCAUAUCUGACAGAAUGUAACGAUUGUACAAAGCAAGUGAAGUGUUUCAUGGUAUGUUAACUAUGUAUGUCACUUUAAAUCUCAAAGAGGGCAAAAUGUGGGAGAAGUUCUUGAACAUUUGCUGCUUGCAUUAUUGUGUUUAACUAGGAGAGGGCAGCACUGUAUAAUAUAAUGUGAAAUAAUACUGGUUUAAUAUCUGCUGAUAUAGCUUAUAUACAGUACAUCAUUUUUUGAUUGGCAUGGAUCCGACACCCCAGACCCCUGCAGAUCCUCCCUAGCUCUACACAGCUACUUCAGCACCUCUUCUAUUGAAGUCAGUGAGAGCAGCGCUGCAGUAACCAGCUCCGUCCAUUAUACGGUGGACGGAGCUGUGUAGUUGCGAUGCCAGACUGAAACAGCUGAUUGUGGGGGUGCGGGGUGUUGGACCUCCAUCUGAUAUUGAUGGCCUAUCCUGAGAAUAGGCCAUCAAUAUAAAAGCACCAGAAAACCCUUUGAAUCUGGAACCUAAUAAUCCAGAAAGUCUAAUAAUGCGGCUACUAUUUCAGUGUAGAACAAAAAUAUACGGUAAUGUAGAACUUCACAAGGCUAGAUAUAGCCUUGACUGAGCGCUGAUUGGAAAACCAAACUAUAGUAGCAAGUUUAGGAUUCUUCCUGUAGGUUUCCUAAGAUUCCAAAUAUUAACAUCACAAACUUAUUGAUGCCGCAUUAAGGCCUCUUGCACACAAACGUGCGCAACGGAAGCACGGAACCCUACAGA